AUGAGUGCAAUGAAAGGGUGGGCCUUUGCUCUGGUGGUGAUCUUCUCUGUGCUUCUGUCAUGGAGCAUCCCAAGAGGCGAGUCAGAGAGAGCCUUUCUCUCUUUCUCCUCCCAUGAACCACUGGUCAGAGUGGUUUAUCUGGCGUCUGCGGAUGAAGGCCAAGAUUUCUUCAUGGAGAUGACAGAUUCUGUUGCAACGAACAUCGGGUACGAUUUCUACCACGAUACAUGCCCUGAAGCUGAGACCAUUGUGAGGUCUAUGAUGGCUCAGAUUUACUCCCAGCACAAGAAUGUCUCUGCUCAGCUUCUGCGCCUCUUUUUCCAUGAUUGCUUCAUUCAGGGUUGUGAUGCUUCGGUCCUCUUGGAUCACAGCAAUGGGAAUAAAAACCAUUCCAUAGAGAAGCAGGCUGUGCCAAAUAAGACCUUGAAGGGAUUUGAUAAAAUUGAUCAGAUCAAGGAGGUGCUCGAAAAUGUUUGUCCUGCAGUGGUAUCUUGUGCUGACAUUCUUGCUCUUGCCACUAGAGAUGGGGUUGUUCUGGCUGGUGGUCCCUUUUAUCCACUUGUCACUGGUAGAAGAGAUAGUGCCCGCUCCUAUUAUGAUGAAGCCAUGGCUGAGAUUCCAAAACCUGAUGAUAAUAUCACUCAGACACUUCAUCUGUUCUCACUCAGAGGUUUUACUGACAGAGAAACCGUCAGUCUUCUAGGAGGGCACAACAUUGGGAAGAUUGGAUGUGAGUUCAUUCAGUCUCGCCUUCACAACUUCAGGGGGACAGGGAAACCAGACCCAACUGUUUCUCCUAGUUUCUUCAAUGAGAUGAGAGUUUUCUGUGAAGACAAUGGUAACAAGAAGAGUAGCCAAGGAUCACCCAUGGCAGCCCCCACGGCGGGCAUGAGUGAGAAGCCUGCGGGGAGGGGGAUGCCAUACUUUCAGCAACUGUCAUCAUCUGUAUCGUCUGGGGCAGGCUUUGACACUCAUUACUACCAGAGCUUGUUGAGAGGCAGAGGACUUCUCUUUGCUGAUCAGCAAUUGAUGGCUAAUGAGAGGACAGCCAGAUUGGUGAGAGCUUAUGCUUCAGACGAUUGAUCAACCUUCCGGAUGGACUUUGCCCGGGCAAUGAUGAAGAUGUCUAACCUUAAUGUUCUCACUGGAUCUCAAGGUCAGGUCCGAUUGGAAUGCACUCUGCCAGUCUCUAGCUAGCUAAGUUCUUACCUGACAGAAUCCGACCGGGGGCCAUGAUGGAGAUGGAAGAAAAUUUCUGUUGAAAUAUUUGUUCCCUCUGGUUGUACAGUAGAGAAACUUUUAGCCAUGUUAGUCCACAUUCUUUCCUUUAGCCAUCUUUAAUAGUCAUGUUCAUUUGUGAAUUGUUAGUACGUGCAGAUAUAAAGCAGCAAGCAAAGAGAAUGUUAAUCCCAUUCCCACCUUCCCUAUGUAGAGUUGAAUUUUUCUGAUUGUAAAUAACUCAAGGACUACUGUGAUUGUUUUCUUUUCUUUUCUUUUUCCCA